GAACAAAAUAAGAAUUGAGCUUGAGUUCCAGAAGGAGGCGCUGUGGCUUUUUAAAAGCUGUUCGUGUUUAAACGAAGAAGUGAGGGACUGUUGUUAACCGAGCUGUUCUUCGGAAGCAGUUUGAGCUGAAUACCAGAAACUCCUACAUCUCUGUGUAACGUAGUUUUACACCACAAAAUAAGCUUGAAUUCGACAGUUUUUCGUGACUUCAGGGGACAGUGGGGGGCUCAGCUGGUGGCCGCUCCGUCCCUGCUCUUGUUUCUGCUGGAGCUCCUCCCGCUGCUGUGCUCGCCUCCUCAGGUCGCCUUUCAGGAUGAAUUUGGUCGAAAACAAAACUCUGCACUCGCAGCUUCGCGACGAGGAGACCGUGGUGGUGGAGAACGCUGUCAGGUUAGCGAUAGACUCGGUGCUGAACGUACUAUACGGUGUGAACGGCGCCAAGACCCGGGAGUACCAGCGGAUGGUGGCCGACAAGGACAAAGAGAUCCAGCGGCUCGAGGGAAGGCUCGCGGAGAUCGAGCGCGAGCUGCAGGUGCUGCGCCGACACGGCUGCACGUGCGAGUUGUUCGAAGCCCGGACUCGGAUCUCCGGUAACCGGCAGACAUUAGAGCAGGUCCGGUCUGAACCAGGAGGGGUGUACCCUGAGGUGACCGCAGGACCACAGGAGUGUGACAUGAACCUAUCCUUGAGCGUUUAUGCUCAACCCUCCUCUCAUUUCCCCUCCCAGUACCACGGGUCGAUUCUCGCAUCAUCCCCCAGCUGCCUGGGGCUAAACUCCAGCUGCACACCCUGCUCAUCAGAGGCUUCAGGGGUCACAGAAGAUUCCAGAAAUCUGCCUACAUCUCCCAGCAGCCUUGUUGUGAAAGAGGAGCCUAGUGAUGUUGAUGCUGUCCUCAUUGAAUGGGAGCUGAGUGAGGAGAGAGCUGCAGACGCUCAGGAGCAAGCUGGCAGUCCGUGUCUGAAUGAGCAGAGUUCUGAUGUCAAACACAAUUCAGCAGAACAUCCAGAGACAGAUGAGAGUCGGUUGCUGAGGGAGAAAACUCCAGUAAAACCACCUAGUUUUCAAACCGCUGCUGGAGAUCAACUGAAGAACAAAAAGGACGUUCCAACAUCGCAGCUGACGGAGGAAGCUCAGAGACUGAAGAGGGCAGCUUGGAGAGCAGCUUCCAAACGAUACUACGCCCGAAAAAUCGCCCGUCAGCAGGCAAACCUCCAGCACAUUGGCCCCGUUGUUCACGCAACAAACUCUCAGCGCGGCUGUUUCGUUGGCAAGAGAAAAAGGCUGAUUUCAGAUUUACCAGAGGAGUCACAGAUACUGCGGAGGGAGGCGUGGAGGGCCGCCUCCAGGAGGUACUACAACAGGAAAACGUCUCGCCACCAGACUGAGAGCUUACAGUACGGACACGUGAUGCAGAACUUGAACCCUGCUGGAGCCACAAAGGGGCCAAACGAAGAAGGGCCCCAAGUUAUCAUUGGAGGGAUUUUUAGAAAUGUUAUUUAUGAUUAGAUUUCAGGGUUUGUUGGACGUAGGGUGCCCAGGUUUUCUUCUUGUGUUUGUUUAUGGUCUCUAAAACAAUCUGAAGAGAAACGGAAGUAAAAAUCACAAACCUUUGACCCAACGUGUUCAGAUUCUGUAGCAACAUCAUAAAAACUCAAAUAAAGAGAACAUAAUCUCUUCCUUCCUUUAUCAUA